AAAGACAAACCUCAUCAGGUUGGAUUGCAUCCUGUGGGUGGGUUGAACCGAGUUAAGACGGUGAAGAUUAUAAAAAUGCUGGCGGUCGUGGUGAUCAACUUCGCCAUUUGCUGGCUGCCUCUGUUUACCAUUUUCAACGUCAUUAAAUUCUCACCCACUUACUUGGCGUUUGAAUUCAACACCUCCACUCCAGCGACCGAUGAAGAGUCUUCCACGAGGGGAGAGUGGAACGACGACAAUGCGAUGAAGGUUAUACUCCUUGUGGUACCGUUCGCUCAGUUGCUUGGAUCUGCCAACAGCUGCGUCAAUCCCUGGAUUUACUGCUUCUACUCCAAGAGGUAUCGGCGUGGCUUUAAGAGAGUGUUCCUCUGUAGUCCAUCUAUGAAAGCUGCCUCUGUGCGACUGCCUCCGAGGCCCCACCGAGAAGAAAACCGUGGCCUGUGUAGCGUUGAUCGAACUGCCUUAGCUUGA